AUGGGAAGUUCUAGUGGCGUCGCUGACGCCAUUGUCUUCAUCGACUGUAAUCAAGGCAGACCUCCGAGAGACCCUACAGUGAAGACUCUGAUCCGAAGUCGGGCUAUGAAGCAAGCCGCGAUUCAGCGCAAGAGGGACGGACGCUAUGAGAGGCUGAACAUGAUACAGUAUCCUGAAUGGAUACUAGGUUCGCAACAGCAAAACGAACCGACAGAUGUAAAAGACGGAAACGUAGCUCUCCGAUGGCGUGCAGGCUACAAGCCACGUAUACUCACCAGUUUCACGACAGGGAAUUCAUCAAACUAUUCACUGUUACAUUUGACCGAUCCACUCACUUUGCACCAUCUCGGCGUUACCACAUUUUCUCUCUUCCGUCCUGAGACGGCGUGCUUUGGGCACACCUUAACCAGUAUGCCUGAAUAUGAAAAGAGACGUCUCCUAUUCUUCAUCCCCAGUCUAUAUGGGCAUUUUCCAGCUCUCACCUACGCCACUGAUUGUGUUGUUGUUAGGUUAGAGCAGCUCAUUCGCUCAAGGGGCAUUUUAUCAUCAGAGAGGGAUGUUCUAUCGUUGGGCUACUAUACAAAGGCAAUAGAAGCUCUUCAGGGAAUAAUAGAUGAUGAAGAUCUACGAGCACUGCCGGAAACGCUAUGCGCGGUUUUACUCUUGGAAUUCUUUGAGCUACUGCAUGGUGGGCCUCUGAUCGACUCAUGGAUAUAUCAUGCAGCGGGUGCAGCUCGUCUUAUCGAGCUCCGAGGUCCUCACAACUUUCGGACCAGAUUUGAGCUCUCACUUUUCAUGGCCCAUGCUGGCCCCAUUAUUACGGAAGCACUCUUGAUGGGGAAAAGGUGUUUUUUGUGUGAUGACGAACGCUGGCUGAAUGUCAUGUACGACGCCAUUCGCAAUGACCCCAUUGUGCCGCAGCAUCAAGUUCAUCUCGUUGUUAAACUAUGGACGAGCCUCAUUAACUUACCAAACUUAUUUCUGGAUGUCAAAGAUUUGAUUCGUAUGUCGGCGUCGGCUGAUAGGCGCCAGGAUCUUAUUACAAGGCUCCUUGCUGAGCAAGACCAGCUUCAGUGGUGGCUGGCGUUAGCCGAGCAGUACCAGUGUGGUAUUAUUUCCGGCAAAUUAAGCACUCUAGCUGACGGUGCAAGUACAUUACUACUGUAUUCAACAGUUCGUGAGCAGCCGGUAUCCUGGAAAGUCCUUAUAGGGACUUAUAUAUUCGUCCUUCUCGUUCAACUACGCUUAUUAUUUUCGCUCUCACCAUCACAGUUUCCUGAACUAGAGUCUACAUGCCAAGCAGUGGCAGAUAUGGUUAUGCUGAUGAUUACAGACUGGGAUAGCUAUCGAAAUGACCGGCUUGUCGGUGGGAUCUUCAUGUCUCAAGCCAUGUGGAUGGCCAAAGCUAUUUUGAAAACUCGGGAUUGCUGGAGUGAUAGUGCAUCGCACACUAAAAAUACUGGCAUGAUUGAUGGGUGGAAGUUUGAAGCUUGGGUAAAUGCGAUAGCGGGAGAAGUAUAUAGUAAAUGA